AAGCCAACAACGACUCUAACGGAACUGAAACGCGUAUCUUUUUUUCCUCGAACGAAAAACGUACAGAAAGAAGAAAAAAGGAAAAAGAAAGUUAUAUACACAGGCAAAGACUGCAAUCAUUCAUUCACAGUUCGAGUCCGGAGUCCUGCUCAAACUGUAGCUAAAAAAAUUCGCGCGUGCUGAAAAAAAUACAAAAUAGAAGGAAAAAUAUAUUCGCAUAGAAAUAAUUAGAAGUAAAUUGCGUUUUGCUGCACGCGCACUGGAAUUUUUUUUAUACCUCGGUGAAUGGCAAAAAAUAACAACAACAACCGCAGCAGCAGCAGCAACAAAUAGCUUUAAAACUGUUGAAUAUAGAAUGACGUUGCAGACAAAAAUCAAUGUAAAAUAUAAAGCGAUAAAAGCAACAGCAGCAGCAACAGCAACAACAACAACAACAAGCGCCCGUCUGCGCCGCCGUUGACACGCACGCACCCAUACAAACAAAGCAGACAGCUAGACACUAAGACAGCACACGCAAGUACAAAAAACACGCACACACACAUAAACACACACGUACAUACACAGGGCAGUUAGGCCUAGUGCUGCGUGGGCGCAAAAAGGAGCAGCAAAUACAAAUUGUGCACAAAAAACAACAAGCAGCAUAGCGCAACAGCGAGAAGGAGCAGCGACAGCGACAGCAGCAGCGCAGCAACAGAGCUGAUUAAAGCUGUGCAUUAAAAGUUAAACAAAAACAUUUGCGAACACAAAAAAGUGCCAUUCACACACAAUGAAGCCAUCAGACUUGCUGCUGGUGUUGCAAAAGGUCAAGUUCAGGUUGCCCUUGCCGCCGGGCGUUAGCUCCACAACUCUCCUGCCGAAGCUAAUACGCACCAAGGAUGUAAAGCAGCUGCAGGACGGCAAUGCACAGCCCACAAAGCCCAAGCUAACGAAAUGUCUAAAUACCCUGGAUCUGACAUCCUUGGGCAUUGGGUCAUGUUGUGGCACUGGCAUGUACCUUGUGGCGGGCCUGGUGGCCCAGAAGAUGGCUGGCCCCGGUGUGGUGAUUAGUUUUAUUAUAGCCGCCAUAGCGAGCAUAUUCUCAGGCGCUUGCUAUGCGGAAUUUGGCGUUCGAGUGCCACACACUUCCGGCUCGGCCUAUAUGUAUUCAUAUGUGGCAGUUGGAGAAUUUGUAGCUUUUAUAAUUGGUUGGAACAUGAUAUUGGAAUAUCUAAUAGGAACAAGUGCCUGUGCAUGUGCAUUAAGCUCAAGUUUUGAUUCAUUGACGGGCAAUGCCAUUGCGACUGCGAUGAGUGAGUCUAUUGGCACCAUAUUUGGCAAACCACCUGACUUUAUAGCCUUUGGCAUAACGCUCAUCAUGACCAGCGUUUUGGCGAUGGGUGCCAGUAAAUCAGUCAUCUUCAAUCAUACCCUAAACGCCAUCAAUCUGGCCACGUGGGUGUUCGUUAUGGCCGCAGGGCUCUUUUACGUUGAUACGAAAACGUGGUCGGAGCAUCAAGGCUUUCUGCCCUAUGGCUGGAGUGGCGUUUUCUCGGGUGCCGCAACCUGUUUCUAUGCAUUUAUUGGUUUCGAUAUCAUCGCAACCACCGGCGAGGAGGCUCACAAUCCGCAAAAGAGCAUACCGAAGGCAAUUGUUGGCUCCCUCAUCGUUGUCCUCAUUGCCUAUGUCAGCGUUAGUCUAGUCCUUACUUUAGUCGUGCCAUAUGAUCACAUCAAUGUGGGCGCAGCGCUGGUGCAGAUGUGGUCCUAUGUGAAUGCGCCCAAGUGUCGUGCCGUGGUUGCAGUGGGAGCCACGGCUGGUCUCUCUGUGGCAAUGUUCGGUUCGAUGUUUCCGAUGCCGCGCGUCAUCUAUGCCAUGGCUCAGGAUGGCUUGAUAUUCAGGCAAUUGUCGCAUCUGUGGCAGCGCACAAAUGUGCCCGGCUUGGCGACGCUGGGCAGCGGACUGGCCGCCGCGCUGGUUGCCCUAACCGUGCGCCUGGACAUACUAGUGGAGAUGAUGUCGAUUGGUACGCUGCUGGCCUACACCUUAGUGUCUACCUGUGUGCUGGUGUUGCGCUAUCAGCCGCAUAGUACGUCGCUGGUGGAGCUGUUGCCGGCACAGUUGCGCACGCCUUUGGCACCGGGCACCGCCACUGAUCCGCAUGCUCGUCCUUCGGAGGUCCUCGAGCCGACAAAGCUAACGAUUAAGCGUGUGACGCGCGGCAUGUCCGAUUCGGAUGAUUCGUUCAUCGAUGACAGUCCGGAGGGCUAUUUGGGUGGACGGGAUGAUCAGUUUUUGGUGUCGGAUCGUUCCGAGAAUAAGUUCUAUGGCAGCGUCCAUGGUGCCCCGACCGGACCCACUGGACAGGCCACAGCCUUUGAUACGAUGGGCCUUAAUUUUAUAACGCGCAAAAUACAUGACUAUGCGUACCUGUGCCCCGGUUUCUUUCCCUGGGUGAAUCCCGGUCAGGCGACCUCUGAAAGUGGCAUGUAUGUCACGAAACUAGUUGGAAUCAUGUUCGGUCUCAUAUUCUUCUUGGAUUUGUUCGCGGCCAUCGGUUGGUCCGGCGGCCUCGCCAUCUUCAUUUAUAUCAUUUUAUUUAUCGGCAUAUUUGUGAUAUUAUUGAUUAUAUCGAGACAACCACAGAAUAGAUAUGCACUUGCGUUUUUAACGCCUGGACUUCCAUUUAUUCCGGCUAUCGCAAUAACUGUUAACAUUUAUUUAAUAUUUAAGCUAAGCAUACUGACCCUCAUUAGGUUCACUGUGUGGAUGACUCUCGGCUUCAUUAUGUACUUCUACUACGGCAUCACGCACAGCAGCAUGGAGCAGACCAGCGAUGAGCUGGAGCUUCAUGUCGAUAAGGAUUAUAGCAAAAACGUUGAUGAUAAAGCCGUUUGGGAUCAGCAAUCCUAUAACCAAACACAUGAGCCCGUCUGGGCCAGCAAGGAGGUUAAGCAAUCCACAAAGCAACGUUAUAGCUAUGGCAAGAACGCCACAGCUGGCGGCCAGGCUGGCAAUCGGAAUACGUCCAAUGCCAGUAAAUCCGGGCCCGAUGCGGCUGCGGCUCCAGCUACAGAUGCGAGAGCUGCGCCCGUGCCGCCUGCGAAUGCACGAAGCGCGGAGGGCCGAAGCCGUCCAUUGGAGCAUCAAUAUACCGGUCAGUUUAGCAUGUUUGUGGACGAGGGCCAGUUUCCGACGUGGGAUGACUAAAUCAUGCUGAGCGCCAUCGUUAUGUAUCGAUUUAUCGAUACCCAACAUGAAAUCGUACAGUUCAACUUCCAUAAGUUCAUUUCCGUUUCCGUUCGCGUUUGCGCCUCGCUGUGAUCGUGUAUCAGCCAGGCAGCUACCUUCGAGGGGCAAACUAAGAGCGGCACAUACAUAUUUAUAUAUACAUGUAUUUGUAUGUA